UUAAAUGGACCAGGAAUGGGAGCAGAAACUAUGGAAAACAAAGGACGAAGCCAUAAAGUAAAAUGUUGUAAGAGGGUAAUUGAAUAUGCUAACGAAACUAUAUCAUUCCAAAAUGUUAUAUAUAUAUAAAGUUCAAUACAAUUGACACUGUAGACGAAAAAAUUUGUAUUUUAAUGGCGUUGAGACGAUAUACUAGUUGCUGAAUGAUAAGUUGAUAACACGAUAACAUCAAACAUGAAUAUAAUGAACAGUAAACCACAUCUUAAAUACUAAGAAAAACCCCAAAAACAAAAACCAAUAAAAUCAAUAAACAAUUUAUAAAGAAUACGCCAAAACCCAAACAACAAUAAAAAAAAUAACAUCUGCAAUAACAAAGAAAUCUGAAGUUAAGAGAAAACCAAAAAACACAAAAGUCAUGACAUACGAACCUUUGAUUUUCCCGCAAAUGGAAGAAAAACCUACACAUACAAUUAUGGAUACAUUAACAACAACGUUAAGCUUCACCACAACACCACUACCAACCGACGACACAUUGAUACCAACAACAAUCGCAAUGGAAACAAAUAAAAGUCUCCAUCUGUUAGAUAAGAACUCAAGUUUAGGCAUUACGGAAAAUGAUUUCCGUCUGUUCGUUGAAUACAUGCAAAUCUAUAAGACAACCCACGAGUGUGCGGAUUACUGUAAAGGAGAAUUUUAUCAAAUGCUAAGGGCUUAUAAUGGUAUUCAUGGUUAUGUUGCUCUAAUGAUUUGCAUUUUCGGUACGAUAGCGAAUAUUUUAAAUAUUAUGGUUUUGACAAAGAAGGAUAUGGCAAAAGCGCCCAUUAAUAAAAUAUUAAAAUGGUUGGCAGUCGCCGAUAUGUUUGUUAUGAUUGAAUAUAUACCAUUCGCAUCGUAUCAGUACAUCUACAUGAAACCGGGCGAAAAGGACUUCAGUUAUGCUUGGGCGUUAUACAUUCUAUUUCAUAUGCAUUUUACUCAAGUGUUGCAUACAAUUUCUAUUGGACUUACGGUGACCUUGGCUAUAUGGCGUUAUGUUGCUAUAAGACAUCCACACGGAGCUUGUGCUACUUUCCUCCUGUCCCAUUGUAAGGAAUCUAUAUUGUUUUCAUUCAUCAUUUCGCCGAUUGUUUGCUUUCCCACACUUUUUGUGUUUAAAGUGCGUAAACGAAUGGUGGCUGACAGUGAUGUGCCUCUCUAUCAUGUUGAUGCCAAUAAGGAUACACAAUUGUACAGGAUAAACUUUUGGAUACAUUCGGUUAUUAUUAAACUAAUACCCUGUUGCAUAUUAACCAUUAUCAGUUUUAUACUAGUGAGGGUGCUAUGUGAGGCUUCAAAACGAAAACAAAAACUCAAGGAAUACAGUAAUCCCAAUAAGGAUACACAGCAACCGUGUCUACAAAAAUCCAGACCACCCAAAUGCGAUCGUCGUACCGAUCGUACCACCAUGCUCUUAGUUGCUGUACUUAUACUCUUUCUCCUAACCGAAUUUCCCCAAGGUAUUUUGGGUUUAAUGUCGGGUGUUAUGGAGAAAUGUUUCUUCAACGCCUGCUAUCCGCCAUUUGGUGAAUUGAUGGAUUUGUUGGCACUAAUAAAUGCUGCUAUCGAUUUUGUACUCUACGGCUUGAUGUCGAAACAAUUUCGCACCACAUUUAAGUCAUUAUUUUUCAAAAGACACUUUGGUAGUAUUGAACUAACAAGGACUACACGACUAACAACUACAUGUGUAUGAUUUUUUUUCCGCUAGAAACAAUGUCAACACCCCCACUAUGGCCCAAAUGACACACUUAACAGUGGAGAAGAUGACUAUUAACCCGACUACGUCUGCCGUUGUCACAACGAUGGGAACAACAAGAACAGAAGUAGUUACUACUAGUUUCCAUUAAGUUAGAUAUGUAUGUAUAUAAGAGUGUGAUAUAUUUAUUUGUUUACUUUUUUAUAGAAAAGAUAAAAAAAAAUUAUUAUAAAGUAAGUAUUUUCAAGGUGGACUUAAAGGUUUCUGACUAUAGAAAUGUUUUCAUAUGUCAGAUUUUCAUUGGCCUGCAAAUUUGUCAAUAUCUUUGACUAUUUAAACUUUAAGGAUUUUGAAUAAAUCGUUCUUUGGUGGGAAAUAAAAUGUUAUACUUUUUGCCUUAGGGCCUCUAGUUUAGCCAGAAAGUGGAUUUUUAUAUUGUCUCUACUUUGGUGGGAAAUAAAAUAUGAUCACAGAUUUUAAGCCUUUUUUCCCUAGGGCUUCCACUUUAACCAGAAAAUGUUUUCACCCAAAAAUGGACUAUUCGUUAAUCUAGUCUAUGGAAAUGUCAAACUAUAAACUAUUUUAUAGUCUAUAAACUAUUUUAUAGUUUAGUAUGGACUAGUCAAUAAACUAGUCUAAGGAACAGUCCAUGGACUAAUCUAUAAACUAUUCUAUGGACUUGUCUAAUGAGCAGUGUAUAAACUAGUCUAUGGUCUAGUCUAGUCUGUACAAGUCUAAAAGUAGUCUACAAACUAGUCGAAAGACUAGUCUAUGGUCUAGUCUAGAAACUAAGUUUAUAGACUAGUCUAAUUAUCAGUCUACGGACUAGUCUAUAAAGUAGUAAAUGGACUAAUAUAUAAACUAAAGACUAGUCCAAGGGCUAUUGUAUAAACUAGUCUUUGGUCUAGUCCAAUGCCUAGUCUAUGGACUAGUCUAGAAACUAGUCAAUAGACUCGUCUAAAAACUAAUCUAUAGACUAGGGUAUAAACUAGUCUAUGGACAAGUAUAUAAAUUACUAAUCAAUGAAGUAGACUAUGGCUUAAUCUAUAGACUAGUCUAAUUACCAGCCUACGGACUAGUCUAUAAAGUAGUAAAUGCACUAAUGUAUAAACUAGUCUAUGUACUAGUCUAUAAUCUAGUCGACAAACUAGUCAAUG